AUGUAUAAUUUAUUAUCAACAUUACUUAUAGUGAAUUGUACAGGUGACACCAAAAUGGAACAGGAAUGUCUUAAAAGUGCAGCACUAAAGAGAAACCGUGAUGAGUUAGAGGCACUUAAUGCGGAAAAAGUUGUGUUAGAUGCGAAUAGGAAGGUUGCUGCAAAGAACAUAAACAGCAUGAUUAUCAAAAUAGCAAAUUUAACGGAAUUACAUACUUGCAUAAAGAAGGAAAAAGAUAAUCAUGAAAAACUGAUUUACGUGAUACAGCUGUUUGGAGAAGUACUGAAAGCAGUAGUUGUAUUGAAAAAGAAUGGUGAGGAUAUAGGUGAUAUACUGGUACAUUAUUUAGAGAUAAGAAAAGUGAUAAUGAAGAUACCUGAAUUUAUGACAAUAUUCUACCAAAAAGAAUACGAUCAAACAUUGGAUGAAUUUGAAAAGAUCAAAUAUGCCAAAAUACAUUGUAUCAACGUGUACAUAAUGAUGCUAUCAACAAGACUGACCCAAGUUAACAAUGAAAUGAUGGUAUUGAAAAAAGAAGCGAACACACAAAAUGAGUAUUUGAAUCAACUAAUUCAUGAUAUUAAGAAACUAAGGAACAAGAUUUUCUAUAAGAAAAGCUUAGAAAAGAAACUGGUGCAAUAA